GGGGGGGGGGGGGGUGGAGCGAAAAUUGAGAAACACACAGCUGGUCUUUUUCAAUGAGGUGGAUUGCGCAUCGACGUGGAUAGCUUGUGCGUCUUAAGUGAACCGUAUCCAAAGAAAAUGCCGGCCAACUCUACCGACUGUCACGAGACUCUCACCGUGGAGUCGGGACUCCCAACCAUGUCGGCGGUGAUGUUCGCCCUCGGUGUGGCGGGAAACUUCGUCGCGCUCGCGCUGCUGGAGACGCGGCGGCGGACGAAUUCUCCGUCGCUGUUCCGCAUUCUCGUCACGGCGCUCAUCACCACGGACCUGUUGGGCACGAUCGCGGUCACCCCCUUGGUGCUCGUCGCGUACGCCAAGAACACCACGCUGGUGGCACAGGGGGUGACCGCGGCGCUGUGCUUUUACUUCGGGUUCAGCAUGACGUUUCUGAGCCUCUCCACGCUCUCGAUCUUGUGCGCCAUGGCGCUGGAGCGCUUCAUCGCGCUGGGGUUUCCCUACUUCUACGACAGACACAUCACGAGCACGCGCUGUGGCUACGUCGCGAUUGCGCUCAUCUACCUGGCGUGCGUGCUCUUCUGCGCCUGCCCGUUAAUGGGGUUUGGAAAGUACGUGCAGUAUUGCCCCGGGACGUGGUGCUUCCUGGACAUGAGCCCGCCCAGCGAUUCGGAUAAAAUCUACACCGCGUUUUACGCCUGCUUUACGCUCAUUGUCAUAAUGUGCACCUCGGUUUGCAACCUGUCCGUCAUUCACUUUCUGGUUAAAAUGCACCGGCGGCGGAACACACACCAACGGGCCGGACGCUCGCUGAGCAGAAGGUUUUUCCGCAGGUCGCUGUCCAUGAUGGAGGAAGUCGAGCAUCUUCUGCCUCUGAUUUUUAUAACGGUGGCCUUCUCAAUCUGUUCUUUUCCAAUACUGCUGCGGGUGUUCAUCAACUUCAUCGGCAGGACGGAGGAGCAGCAGGCCAGCGACCUGCACGCCCUGCGCAUGCUCUCCUUCAACUCCAUCAUCGACCCCUGGGUCUUCAUCUUCCUCGAGCCCUCCGUGCUCAAGUUCGUCUGGAGGAACCUGUGCCGCCGCCAGGGGAAACCACACAACCCUAAGUCUCCGGUUCAGCCCAGAUUGCAGAUAACGACCACCACCACCACCACUAUCUCCAGCCCCACCCCUAUGGGGGUGAGCCUCCAGAGUUGUGGUGACCUAGAUGGAUCUUCGUGACAGGUGGGGGGGCCUAUUACAGGGGCACAAUUUGCGUGGGGGGGGGGGGGGGGGGGGGGGGGGGGGGGGACGAAGACGACGAAGAAGACGAGACUCUAAGUCAAACAGCAAUUUAGUAGUAAUUUAUCAAAUAUGUUAAAAUUUUAAAGAAGUACUAUCUUUGCAGCGCAAUGGCUAUGUCUUACCUCUGUGUUAUAGGCAGAGAUUGAGGGGGAAGCAGGGGGGACAGCCCCCCGCAAUGUUGAGAUGGUCUAAGAUGGUCUUUGCAAAAUUGUUCAGUGAUGUUGAUACUUCGGCACAGCCCAAAACGUGUUAAAAUGUUGUUUUUAUACAACAAUGAUCAAAAACAAUAGUUUGGGAGCGGAGCCACAAUGUUUGGGGCACUUGGGAGAGGAAGAGUCAAUGACAGGGUUGGGGGUUUUCACCUUAUUUGGAGACCCCCCAAAAGCAUGGAGGUAACUGGUCACCCACCCAAUGUGGAGCUACACCUUUGUGUUAGGGAUGCACAAAGUGACACGAAGGCAGAGUUUGGACUAAACGUGCUCGGAUAAGAAAGGCAACUUAGAACUUAUGGUUAACUUAAUCUUAUUUUUGACUAUAUAUUUGAACUGUUAAUUCUUUGAAAAUAAUAAACCCUCAGUGUCUUCAAAACCGAUGCUCUCACUAUUGUGUAAACGGAAAAUUGCAUUGAUAUCAUUCAAAGUUCUCGAUUCAAUGCUGGGUAUCGGUAAAUCCCCAAAAGGGAGUACUAUACCCUCGCUGAGAAAGAAAGACAAUAAGUGCCUUCAUACCCUGGGUUAUUCUGUUCCCUUCAUGGGCCCUCCUAGUCAGGACAUAACACUGGUCAUGGAGGGGGGUAAGACAACUGCUGGUCCAGAGUUGAUUGAGAAGAAGAAAAAUAUAUUGAUUUUUGUGCUUGUUUCUCCUGCGUCAAAGGAAACGACGCUACGAGGAACUGGUUCACCACAGCGUCGUCUCAGGAUCAUCGAUGACCUGACCAUAUAGUGUGGAAGAGAAGGAGGACAAAUGCAGAGGAUAAAAUACGAUGUAUGUCACCGUAUGGAAGUAAAUCUGUGCUAUCGGAUUCUGAAAAUAAAAAUCCAUUGAAUUCUAAGCAAUGACAUUUUUAUGAAUUGAAAUAAUGUAUCUGGAUUUUUUGCCUCUGAAUUUAACUCAAUAAAUCUUAUUCAGCUUUA